AAAUGGACUGACGCCAUGCUAAGCUCGACUGAUGACGUCACUAUUUUACCGGCUGUCUCCCGUCACUACUCUGCUUUACAAGGGAUUUACCUCUAUAAAUCCCGGCUGCUCCUUUCCUUCGGGCUCGGGGAGAAUCAGAGAUCGAAUCCCACUGCGUUGCAAUCUCUGUAUCAAUUCCAGGCACUGGUAACAGACGAUAUGUUUGGUGAAAACCCUGGGCUUUACAGCAGGAUUCAUCCUGUUGCACAGAUGGAUGUAAUGGAGGAGGUACAGUUUAAGCUUCCUCCUCUUACUCCUACAGAAAAUUCCUGGUAUUCCAAUUCUUCGGAAGAAUAUAGCUAUACGGACGGAUUUUAUGAAAUACUUCACCAGUGCUCUGUUAAUUCCUCCUCGCUUAAUAUUUCCUCGCCCUCUGCGCAAAGCCUGUCUGCAAACAGUGCCUUCACCGCAUAUGUACAAGGUGAUCCAAAGGCUGGACUUGAUAUCUCUUCCGGCGGUCACAUCUUGCAUAAGAGAUGUUUUAAGUUUUUCGGCCUAAUCCAAGAGAAAAGAGAAUCAGAGACGCAAAUGUCAACUGCAACGGCUCCUGCAGGCAAUCAUAGUAAUCAACAUCAGAAAUCAAAAAUUGACUUGAGAAAUAAGUCGGCGUUUGAGCAUAUGAUAGCCGAGCGAAACAGGAGAAUCAGAUUGAAACAGCAUUUCUCAAAUCUUUACUCUUUUCUACCUAAACAUUCCAAGAGAGAUAAACAUUCAAUAUUGGCGAAUACAGAAAGCUAUUUGAGGGAAUUGAAGCUUCGUCUUGCUGAGCUCGAACAACAGAAUGAAAAUUUGUUGAAAUUGAUUCCAGAGGAUAACAAUGAAGGAAGUUCCCGGUUCGAAUCCCCUCUGCGACAAGCAAAUUCAGAAGGUAAUUUCUUUUACCGUAGCGAUGAUGUUACUUUGGAGCAGUGUGAAGAUAACCCGUGCCAAGUGAAGAUAAGCAUUAGGGCGCAAAGAGAUCUGAUUCGAUGCCCGACAGCUCUGCUCACGAAACUGCUAGAACAGUUGAGCGUGGAGCAAUUACAGCUCGUUUCAAUCCAUUGCCCCACACAAGCCUUGUGGUUUCAUGCCGCUAUUCUCAUAGAACCUAAGGGCGAGGGAUGGAAUGCUCCCAAGUGGAAAAAAUUUGGGGAAGUAGUGAGACGCUUCGUGGCAAGCAAUUAUCACAAGCAAUUGAUUUAGGUAUUUCUUUGGAUUGAAUCAAUUGGGAAGGAAAAUAAAUUCUUUAUAUCUACAUUUUCACGGCACACAUUUAUUGGAUCAAAGUUAAAUCCAUAAAGAAUUGUGCCUUUUGUUUGUUAGAAUAUUAAAGCAUUCACUUAAAUCUAUUAAAUGUUAAAGUAUCAACCUAUCAAAAUCAAGAAUUAAAAUAGGCUCAUCAAAUUUUCUAAUGUUUAUA